UGGCAUUCACUGUGUAGGGUUACACUGGGCAGUGUAACGGACUUCUAACUCAGCUACACUGGCUGUGAAAACACACAGCGCAGUGAUCUGCUUCGCCUUCCGUUCAACAGGCGACUGAGCUGGUUCGGCGAAACCAGUCCGUUUAAAUAGUCGAUGAUGGCGUCAUUCAUAGAAGUGUAGCGCGCUAGGUACACAAAUCUGUCGUGCUGGACUAGGGAAGCGCUAACUUCUGUGCGAAAAUGCGCGAUGUUUUGACUAGAUUGUUCAUUAUUUAAAUUUUUUUAGUGCCAUGAUAUCAAAAAUCUUUGGGUUUAUCUAUUGGAAUCUAUUCUUAGAAGUAUUUCGGGGCGAUAUGUGCAAAAAAUUUGAAAAUUUAUCGUGAGAUGGUUGAAUUAUAUGCGUUUAAAAUUGGACCACUUUUCGUUACAUGCGAUUUUUGUAGAGUUUGCAACGUGCACCCCUAUAUCGAAAACAAAGACGUAGUCCUACGUCAAAAACUCUUCAUUGGAAGUAUCACCACAGUUAAAGCAAUGACGCUUCGCUUCGAUCUUGCUGCCCUGUUUGAUCGAUUCCGGUUAUUGACGUUCUUUCUUUCCAUGUACGCCGUAAUCCAUCUUCGGCUUGCGCUUUGAUUUCCGCUGCACCUUUUCGAAAUUGAGCAACUUAUCUUUCAGUCCACGGAUUGUGUUCGCUUCAUACAGAAGGGAUCGACGAAACUCGUCGUUCGUUAUUCCAUCUACGAUAUACUCACACACACUUGGUUCAUCUAGAGUCUGCAUACAAUAUAGAGUCCAGUACAGAGGAAUGCGCAACACUGCGUAGAAUACAGACUAUUUAUUUUUUUCUGGCAACCGAAAUAUUUGCUGUAACUUUGAGUGACUUUGAUCAAAUUACAAAAUAAAUUCAUACUGAAUGAAAAAUUAAGCAAUUUUAUCGUGGCAAACGGAGCAUCCCAGCGAAAACCAUUUCAAACAUUAUUUCAUAUGAUUUAUUCAAUGCUAUUUAAUCAAUGAAUAACGUUUUAAAUUUAUUCAAAGAAUUCGAGCCAACGCAGGACUCAGGUUAUUUUAAGCGGAUUUUUCUUCGAUGAACUUAACACUCGAAUAGAACAGUAACAAACCCAUGUCACUGUACUUCUUGCGGCCUGCCAGCGUGCGGUGAAUGUCGCUUGCCCGUACGAAAGGGGAAAAUUCGCGUAUUAGUGCGGUUUUCAACUUUGAGAAUGUUGCCAAAGUGACAGCUGCUAUCUAAACCAAGACUAUUGAAAACUAGGUGGGAUCUUUCGAGAGCAGCAAAACAACAAAAUUAGCUAAAACUAGUUGGGAUUAUAUUGGGAACAAAAAAUGUUCACUAAUUUAUUUUAGUCCAAAGUUUAGAGUGAUUUAAUAAUAGAUAGAGUGGAUUAAUUUAAACAUCGUUUCUGCUGAAAUUAUUUGAGCUUGUCAAAUUCCAGCAAAAAUCUGCAUUACCGUCGACGGGGGUAUGAAUCGAUCGGUGGACUUUGUUAAGGAAAAUAUUGGCACAGAAAAACAAUUAAAGUCGCCCGAUCUGGGGACGGGUGAUUUCGAUUCCUGCACCUAUGAAUCCAUGUCGUUCGUAAUGCGGUUGAAUUGCAAGAUAGUCGAAACACCCGAUCCGUAUGCUACAGAUUUUACAAAAUCUCAAAGCACCGGUUACGAUAGCGAAAUAAGUCGAAUUCUAGUGUGUGAAAGUUCUGGCCGGUUGGAGCAAAUCAUGGCCAACAUUAAAACAUUGUUCCUGGCCCGUGACAUUCUACCGAAUGCAUUUGUAUUCUUGCGAUCCAGUAACUCUCUCAGUUGACUGCUACCGGUGGGAAUCCGCUUAACUCAAAUUCCCCCUCAGCUGGUACACGAACGUUUCGCUUGUUCCGAUUGGACGUGCCGUAUGUAGCACUAGUGGACUGCUCUGGAACCUCGAAAACCGGGUGAUGGAGUUUGGCAGUUUGGUAAGCACUUCGAAUACUUACCCUAGCCAAGAAGUUCAAAUUCAAUCAGAGAACGCCGUACUUUGGUCAAUGGGAACGACCCCAAAGGAUAUGUGAUAAGAAGAAAAUUGCCUGCAACUGAAAAUACGUAUUCAU